GAGUUUGGUUGUGUUUCAGUUUGAAUCAGUAUUAUCUUGGUUUAAUCGGUAAAACAACACUAAAAACCCACAAUGGAUGAAGAUAUGGACUGGAAUAUAGACCCAGAAUCUAAAGAACCGAAAGAACGGCAGAGGAAGCCUCGCAAUCAUGCAGGCCCGCUACCAAAGGCCAUUUAUGAUUUGUUCCUCACUGCUGUUCGCGCCAAGAAAUUAAACAAAACUCAAUAUCCAAGUGGUCCAGAGUUAAAGGCGAUUGGUUUCCCGAAACCGAUAGGAGGACACACAAGAAGAGAGAGAUUUAAACACUGGGCCGAGAGAAUGGACUGUGCGUACAAUCCAGAGACGGGAACUGACAGUUUAAUUCAUAAAAGAACUGGGAAAAUUAUUAUUCCGUUAGAAGAAUUUGAAAAUGUUAUUCGUGGGAUUCAUGAAAAUAAUGGCGAAAAACAUAAUGAUCUCAAAACAACCUUGAGUGUC